AUGCCGGAGUUGUUCUACGACAAUGAUCUUUCCCCACCCGCCUCUCCCAAAUCAUCGGGGGAGCACCACCAUCUCACCUUUGUUUCAGCACGCGCUUCUCAUGACUCGUCGGAUUCCCUACGGAACCUGGAGCUCUCGGAGGGACCUAUUGCAGAGAGAAGGCGGUCAAGAUCCUACUCGAUGACGGGCUUUGACUUCCAGCGCGACCCAUUACCCUUGAGCUCGAGUUUAAGUGAACUGGAUACUACCUCUGUCGGAGAAAGUGGAGAGAAAAACAUCACAUUGCUACAUGUUGCGAAUACCGAGAGUACCGAUGACAACGACGUUGCUUCGGGAUCAGGGAAGACCACCCGUGAUGACUCUGGGGAUGAUGAUGACGGUGGUUCAGAUGGAAAAAAUGAAGAUGACCAAGAUUCUCAAACGUCGUCGGACGAUUGUUGCCGCGCAGACAAGUCCCGCUUUGGUUUAUUUGCAAAACAUGCAUCAGUCAACGAGGAUCCAUUCGAUCAGCUUGAUCCCUCACAACCAACACGCGUUGCCAGCCCAUACCAGUCAUCUCCUUCGAUACCAACUACCCAGCAUCCUUUUCGGCAGAAUACACUGAACUUUGGCGAUUCCCUCUUUCAACGGUAUGAUUUGGAUUCACAAGCGCAUCUCCUCAAAAGUCACUAUUACCGUUCAGAAUUCUUAGUAACGCUCGAACAUAUCUCUAACCACCUACUCGUCGUGCCAAAACCUGCGCGAGUAAGCGCCCUUAGAGCUGAAUUAACUGCUCUUAACCACAAGCUUCCUGCGGAGGUAACAUCUUCCUCUUCAUUCAUACCUCAGUUCGUGAUAUGGAAUCUCAGGUAUGCAUGCCUAUGUGGUGCUCUUCAUCAAGCAGUAACCACAUUACCUUCUUCCGAUUCAACUGCGACCCUUGUUAGUUUGAGUUCGCCGUCCGGUCCUCUGAGUUGGCUCCCUGGUUCUGGUUGGCUAGUCAUUCUGGUGGAACUGAUGCAAAAAGACUCCAAGCUGUCGUGCUUUGCUGCGUUCGGCGAACAGACUGCGGCUCAGCUGCGUGAUCGCUUUCAACUCGCUCUGACCCAUUCCCUUGUGGGUGAAUAUAUCGACCGUCUCAUUGAUACCUCCUUGGGCUCCAACUAG